CUUGCAUCGAAGCGUCUUUGUGCGCACAGACAUAAUCAGCCGAAGUAUUUCCUUGUAGAAGUCACCAGUUUGUUCGCCUCUCCGAAAUCUUCACGAGGGAAGCUCGCGAUAUAACAUUACCAAAAGAGGAACCCUUAACAACUUCGACUGUUCAAGAUGCAUCUCCUCAAUCUCACACUUCAGCCACCCACCUCGAUCACCCACGCGGUGAUCGGUGGGUUCUCAGGGACCCACAAGCAACAGGAGAUUGCCGUCUGUCGAGGUGGAACGCGGGUAGAGAUCUUGAAGUUGGACGAGACGACGCAGCGGAUGGACACGCUGUAUAGCUCGGAAGCGUUUGCGGGCAUCAGGAGCAUGGUACCAUUCCGAUUGACAGGACAGGGAAAAGAUUACCUGAUCAUCGGGUCGGAUUCCGGGAACCUGGCGAUUGUUGAAUUCCACUUGACGCCGUCGCCGAGGUUCGAGGUGCUGCAUAAAGAGCCGUAUGGGAAGAGUGGAGCAAGGAGGAUGGUACCAGGGCAAUGGCUCGGAGUGGACCCGAGAGGCCGUAGUAUCAUGCUCGGAGCCUUGGAAAAAUCAAAAUUGGUCUACGUCUUGAAUCGAAAUAGCGAGGGAAAGCUCUUCCCUUCAUCGCCAUUAGAGGCACACAAACAAAACGCCAUCAUCUCAGCCUUGAUCGGAGUGGAUGUCGGGUUCGAUAACCCGAUGUAUGCAUGUCUCGAGACGAGCUACGAGGAGAGCGAUGCCGACUGGACGGGAGAGGCGUUCGAGCGGGCGGAAAAGAUGUUGACGUUCUACGAGCUCGACCUGGGUCUUAAUCACGUGGUCAGGAAGUGGAGCGAGCCGACGGAUCCUCGAGCCAAUUUGCUCGUACAGGUCCCUGGUGGACAGAACGCAACGACGGACAAGUUUGACGGACCUUCGGGGGUGUUAGUCUGUUGUGAGGAUCAUAUCAUCUGGAAGAACAUGGAUGUACCGGCACAUCGGGUACCUAUCCCGAGACGACGGAACCCCCUAGCUGAUGCCAAUGCCGAGCCAAGGGGGUUGAUUAUCGUGUCAGCCGUUAUGCACAAGAUCAAGGGCGCCUUUUUCUUCUUGCUUCAAAGCGAGGAUGGAGACAUGUUCAAGGUCACUAUCGAGCAUCAGGACGAAGAGGUCAUCGAUAUGCGAAUCAAAUACUUCGACACGAUUCCCGUAGCGACCAGCUUGUGUAUCUUGAAGAGCGGUUACCUCUUUGCUGCGAGCGAGUUUGGUAACCACAACCUUUACCACUUCCAAGGUUUGGGUGACAAUGAGGCCGACGAGGAAUGGAUCUCGUCGAACUACAGCAACAACGGAAUGAUCGACGAGGCCUUGCCCCUCGCCUACUUUACCCCUCGACCACUCGAGAACCUGCUCCUUACCGAUUCAAUGGACUCGCUCGAUCCUGUUAUCGACGCCAAGAUCUCGAAUCUGUUGGGCGUAGCCUCGGACACUCCUCAAAUUCUGGCCGCUUGUGGACGUGGUUCGAGGAGUACGUUCCGAACUCUGAGGCACGGUCUCGAUGUUCAAGAACUGGUCAACUCGGGUCUUCCCGGAACGCCCAACGCUGUAUGGACCGUCAAGGUCAACGAAGAGGACGAAUACGACACCUACAUCGUCUUGUCAUUCGUCAACGGAACGUUGGUGCUAACGAUCGGCGAAACGAUCGAAGAAGUACACGAUACUGGGUUCUUGUCAUCAGGUCCCACAAUAGCUGUACAGCAACUUCGAGACUCCGGGCUGCUUCAGGUCCACCCUACUGGUCUUCGACACGUUCUACCAAACAAGACAAUCAACGAUUGGUCGUGUCCCCCUGGAACACAGGUCAUUGCAGCGACUACCAACAAGCGACAGGUGGUUCUCGCACUGAACACCGCCGAGUUGAUCUACUUCGAGGUCGAUACCGACGGCACUUUGGGAGAGUUUGAUGAGCGAAAGUCUUUGCCGGCAAACGCAACUUGCUUGAGCAUUGGUGAAGUCCCGGCUGGAAGGCAGAGGGCGCCGUUCCUCGCUGUCGGUUGUGAGAACCAAACCGUCCACAUCAUCUCGAUGGAGAUGGAGAACACAUUUACGACACUCAGUCUGCAGGCUUUGACGGCCCCUCCAACGUCCAUCUGUCUUGCCGAGAUCUUCGACACUACCGUGGACAAGAACAGGCCGACCUUGUUCUUGAACAUCGGUUUGCAGACCGGUGUCUUGCUGAGGACCGUUGUCGACCCCGUCAACGGAGAGUUGACCGAUACCAGACAGCGCUUCCUGGGAUCACAGCCAGCUAAAUUACUCAGGACCACCGUACAUGGUUCUCCGGCCGUCAUGGCAUUGUCUAGCCGGGCUUGGCUGAACUACACAUAUCAGGACCGUCUGGAGUUCACGCCGCUAAUUUACGAUACGCUCGAGCACGCGUCAUCGUUCUCGGCAGAGCUGUGUCCCGAUGGACUGAUCGGUAUUACCGGCAACACACUUCGAAUCUUCAUGAUCCCCAAGCUUGGUCUGAAACUCAAGCAGGAUGUCAUUCCCCUCACCUACACCCCGCGAAGGUUUUCCUCUCACCCUUACCACCCCUUGUCCUACAUCGUCGAGACGGAUCACCGCAGCUACGGCCAAGCUGCCAUCGACAGGAUCCUCGGCGAAAAGACCUCGAAGGGCAAGGAAGUUGAUAUGUCUGUAUUUGAACUCCCGGCUGCCGAGUUCGGUCGGCCCAAAGCUGAGGCAGGGCAAUGGGGAUCGUUGAUUCGGGUCGUAGAUCCGCUUGGGGCCGAAUCUCUACAGACCAUCGAUCUUGACGAGAACGAGGCUGCCUUCAGCGUCGCUGUUGUGCCAUUUGCCGAGCGUGGAGGCGAGAUCAUGCUGGUAGUAGGUACCGCCGUCGAGGUUACUAUCGCACCUCGCACUUGCAGCAAGGGAUUCUUAAGGGUCUACAAGAUCAGCGAUGACGGCCGAUCUCUCGAGUUUGUGAACAAGACCCCUGUCGACGAUGUUCCGAUGGCUCUGGCUGCUUUCCAAGGGCAUCUGGUUGCAGGAGUCGGCAAGGCAUUGCGAUUGUAUGAGCUCGGAAAGAAGCAGCUACUCCGAAAGUGCGAGAACAACACCUUCCCUACUGCAAUCCUAACGUUGAACGUGCAGGGAACCAGGAUCAUUGUAGGAGACAUCCAGGAGUCGACAUUCUUUGUCGCCUACAAGGCUAUCCCCACGAGACAACUCUUGGUCUUUGCUGACGAUACGCAGACGAGGUGGAUCACCGCUACCCAAAUGGUGGAUUACGAAACGGUGGCGUGUGGAGACAAGUUUGGAAAUAUCUUUAUCAACCGGCUGCCCGAUCACGUCAGUCAGUCGGUCGACGACGAUCCCACCGGUGCUGGUAUCAUGCACGAGAAGAGCUACUUGAUGGGUGCCGCGCACAAGACCAGUCUUCUGAUGCACUACUACGUUGGCAGCGUGGUGACGUCUAUCACCAAGGUGGCUUUAGUAUCCGGUGGCAGGGACGUCUUGGUGUAUACGACAAUCAGCGGGUCGAUUGGCGCACUCAUUCCUUUCCAGACCAAAGACGACAUCGAAUUCAUGUCGACGCUGGAAAUGCACAUGCGGACCCUUGGCGUAUCGCUGACCGGUCGAGGUCACAUCUCCUACCGAGGAUACUACGUGCCAGUAAAAUCCGUCGUCGACGGCGAUUUAUGCGAGGCGUUCUCUGCCCUGCCGUACAGCAAGCAACAGCAGGUGGCAAGCGAUUUGGAGAGGACCGUCGGCGACGUCUUGAAAAAGGUGGAAAGCUUCAGAACGAGUAGUGCAUUCUGAGCGGUAGGCGAAUUGCCCCGCCGAGACAUAUGUUGUAUGACAAAACCUAACGAACGAUCUCAUGACAAUUGCGCAA